GACUAAAUGUCCGAAAGUACCAAGCUCGUUAUUUAUGCAAAUUUAUACCCUCAAACCUGGAAACGAGAAUAAUUUGCGCGGCGUAUUGUUACAUUCUGCAACAUUAUGCAUCUUGUCAAUGAAGUUGUAGUUUGUUUCUAGUUCAUAAAAUAUUUGUUUUUGUUCAAUUUUGACGGGAAAAUAAUGUCUGCUAGGCAGCGAAAAAAGGAUCACAAGCCAGAGAAACCUAAAGGGCCAAAAAAGAAACCAAAAGAAUCGGAUCAUUUGUGGAAAAUAGUCCUUGCUUUCGUAGUUAUUAUUGGCAUUGCAACCGCUGCUAUUUAUUUCAUUGGAGAGAAAACAAAUGUAGAUGAGACAGCAAAGCCAGACGAUAUUAAAGUAGCUAAGGAGAAGCCUGUAAAAAAUAAAAAAGGUCAAAAAGCAAAAGAAAAGACGAAGGCAAAGCCAGCCAAGAAAGACCAAAAUGCAGCAAUCACAAAUGCAUUUGAUAAAACAAUUUUAAAAGAUUUGGAUGAGGCUGAAAAACUCCUUAAGACAAAACAGGUUGAAAAAGCAAAACGAGCAUUUGAGAAACUAGUACGAGAUCAUCCGGAUAGUCCAAGAGCCAUGUAUGGUCUUGCAAGGUCUUUGGAUGAACUUGCUGAUGUUAGAAGAAGUAACGAAAUUUUACAAGAAGCCAUUGAUAGUUUGGGUAAAGUAGGAAAGAUAAAAGAUUGUCCAGUGGCAUUAAAACGUCUUGCUGUAAUGAGACAAGCAGAGCGUGCUUCUUUCCUUGGUAAGACAAAUGUGGCCGUGCAGGUCUUGGAAGAUCUUGCAAAGAGCUUACCACCUGAUUUGGAGGUUUAUAACAAACUUGGAGUACAAUUUCUACUGCAUGGCAAUCAACAUCGAGCAAAGAAAGCAUUCAAAGAGUCUCUUCAAAUCAAUCCAAAUGAUGGAUUUGCUCUUGUCCACAUGGGUUUCAUUGUGAAAAGUGAAUCAAAAUAUGUGGAGUCCAUUCCUCUUCUUCAAAGAGGCAUAGCAACAAGAGAGCCUGGUACUGAUGAUAGUCGAUUCUUUUUCCACCUUGGAGAUGCUUUUUACAGAACUGGAAAACACAAAGAGGCCUAUGAGGUAUUUGGAGAAGGAGCCAAACGUGGACAUUUCUUGUCCACAAUGCAAAGAUCCCUUUACAAUGCCCAAACACCAUUGAGAGCAAAACCAUUCUGGGAGCCUGAAGAGACACCAUACCAUAAGCAAAUGAGGAUUUUAGAGAAAAAUUGGAAAACAAUUCGCGAUGAAGGUGUAGCACUUUAUGACCCAAAGAAAGGAGCUUUUAUGCCCGAGGAGGAGGGACUGCGUGAAAAAGGAGAUUGGCAACAGUUCACAAUGUUCUUUCAAGGAAGAAAAGAUCAAUCAGCUUGUGCCAAGGCCCCUAAGACCUGCAGUCUGAUUGAGCAAAUUCCUGAAGCAGCUAAGUGCAAACGAGGACAGGUCAAAUAUUCAGUGAUGAAGCCUGAUACCCACGUCUGGGCACAUUGUGGUCCAACCAACUGCCGUAUUCGAGGUCAUUUAGGUUUGGUCAUCCCUGACGGUGUCUAUAUAAGAGUGAAUCAAACAACAAGCUCGUGGAAAGAAGGAAAGUUUAUUAUCAUUGACGACUCAAUAGAGCACGAGGUUUGGCAUAACGGAACAAGUUUACGAAUGAUACUGAUUGUCGAUUUCUGGCAUCCAGACCUGCCAAAAAGCGAAAGAGAUCGCCUUUCACCAAUAUAAAACAAGAUCAAUGGUCCCAUCUGGAUGUGUUUAUCAUGGUAGAUUUCAAGAGCAAGCAUUUAGUCAUUGUAUAUAUAUUGCUUGCCUCUGAAUGUCUAAACAAUUGGUGAUUUAAUCCUAUUUAAUUGCACAUGUAUGUGUUGUGUUAAACAUGCAGCUGCAAGGUUGUUGUGGUCAAGCCAGUAGGUAGAUAGUUAAAAUUAUUGUAAAAUAUGUUGGUUGUUUUGGCAACUGUGAAUCCGAAGCAACAGGAGUAUUUGAAUGCGAGCAUAUAUGCAUUGUGACAGCAGUUUUAGAAGGAUUUAUUAAAACAA